ACUCUCCUCCGCCCGUCUCUUCGCCCCACCCAUUGUGAUUCAGAGCCCCAACCCCGCCCAGGCGCUCAUUUAACUCGCCUGGGGCCAUAGCCAGGCGCUGCUGCUUCUUACAGCUCCUUGCUGGAGCCCGCUUCCCCUUACUCCGGAUCCCGGGCCCUGGGCGCCAUGGGCCUUCUCCGCGGGCCGCUGCUCCUGCUGCUGCUAUUGCUGGGUCCACCUGCGGCUCAGGGUGACUGCAACAUUCCCCCAGAGGUACCUAAUGCCCAACCAACUUUGGGAGAUCUCUUGAGUUUUCAAGAAGGAACCACAGUAACAUACAAAUGUAAUGAAGGCUUUGUAAAGGUUCCUGGCAGGGCCGACUCAGUGGUCUGUCUCAACAAUACAUGGUCAGAGGUGGCAGAAUUUUGUAGCCGUAGCUGUGACGUUCCAACCAGACUACUUUUUGCAUCUCUCAAAAAGUCUUUUACCAAACAGAAUUAUUUCCCAGCGGGUUCCAUUGUGGAAUAUGAAUGCCGACCUGGCUUCCAAAGGAACCGUUUUCUCUCAGGAAAACUAACUUGCCUUCAGAAUUUUACGUGGUCCAAACCAGAUGAAUUUUGUAAAAAAAAAUCAUGUCCUAAUCCUGGAGAUUUAAGACAUGGCCAUGUCAGCAUACCAACUGACCUAUUAUAUGGUUCAUCUAUCUCCUUCUCAUGUAACGAGGGGUACAGGCUAGUUGGUGAAACUUCUAGUUACUGUUCCCUUGUAGACGAGGGUGUUGGGUGGAGUGAUCCAUUUCCCGAAUGCCAAGAAAUUUUCUGUCCAGAACCACCAGAAAUUAGCAAUGGAUUCAUUCUGGAUCCACGGGACACUUAUGUGUAUCAACAGACUAUAAAAUAUAGAUGUAAUGAAAGCUUCACCCUGAUCGGAGAGAACUCUAUUUAUUGUACUGUUAGAGGUGACCAAGGAGAAUGGAGUGGCCUGCCACCUGAAUGCAAAGGUUCUCAGAUUUCUAAGGUCACACCACCAGUUCAGAAAUCCACCACAGUAAUUGUAUCAGCUACAAAGCCCACAUCAACUCCUCAGAAACCUACCACAGCGAAUGUUCCAGGUUCCGAAGCUACAUCAACUCAGAAACCCAGUGCAGCAAAUGUCUCAGAGACCCCAGCAGCAGCCCAGAAGCCCAUCAUGGCAAAUUCAUCUGCCACACAGGCCAUGCCAUCAACCCAUAGAUCCACCACAGCGAAAGCUUCAUUUACACGGAGUCUUCCAGCAACACAAAAGUCCACUGUUAUCCAUGCCCCAGUGACUAAGGGUCUCCAUACAACAAAAAGAUUGACCUCUGCUCAUGUUACAGCAAAACAGAGUUCAGCUACUCCCAGGACAACCAGCACACCUAAUGGAAAAGGGACCCUCUCUUCAGGUGCUGCCAUCAUUGCAAUUGGACUUGUUGCUGGUACUAUAAUUGGUACCCUAAUUCUAGUCAAAAUUUUCUGGCACUAUGGAAAAUCAGGGUGAGCAGAAAUUCUGAUGAUUUAAAAAAAUUUGUUCUUAGCUUCUUUCCAGUAAAACUUGACACUAUAUCAGAAGGUAACUUUCUUAGCUUAAUUGUCUUUUUGGACAUGCUCUCCCUUUAUUCCUUUUCUCUGUCAUUACUGCCCUGGGUAAACAGACUUUGUGUCUUUUUUCUUCUCUUUUUAAUUUUUCAGUAGAUUCAAGGACAUUAACAUUUCAUAGGAAAGUGAUUUGAAAGCCACAUUCUCGCUUUGCAAUCUAUUAACCAACUCACCUUGUUUCCCUACUCAGUACAAUUUCUGGUAAGAUCUGUGUGUUACACAGAAGCAAAAACCUAGGGAAAAAUCAACCUCUCAUAGAUUUGGCAGGUUGCCUGUGAUCAGGCCUUUUUCUGAGUUGGAUAUAUGAAAACAUGCCGAAACAGCUAAAAACAGCCCCGUGGUUCAGAGGAUGGGCCCAGGAGCCUGACCGCUUGAUUUGAAUCAUCCCCGGGCUGAAGUACGGGCCAUGGGACAAUGGGCAACUUCACUUCUCUGAGGCUUCUUAUUUGUAAAGUGGGGGGCGUAUAUCACCUGCCUCAGGGGAUUGUAGUAAGGAUCAAAUGAAUUGCCCCCUGUAAAGAAGGUAGAACAUUGCUUGGCACAUUGGUAAGCCCUGGGAUGGUAGAACAGCUGCACAUAGGGAAAAAAAUCAGUAUUAUUUGAAACAUCUGAUCUGCCUUGAAUGUGCAUGUGUUAAGUAUAAUGUCAUAGCUGGCUCUGACCUAUUCUGUAGACAGAGGAUUAUUUAAAUUGACCCUCCUUUGUUUUAUAGAUUUGACUGUUUCUUACCGUAGAGUUUAUAUAAACUUGAAUUAUUUCUAAACUGCCCUACUGCCUAUUUUUUUUCCCCUUAAUUAAAAACAACUCUGCUUUAAUGCUGUCACUAAAUGGCCUGUUUUAAUUUGAGGGGUGAUGUGAGCUAUCUACUUUUUACCCUCUGAACUCUUACCUUUCUCUUUAAAUUAACAAUGUUAUUGAAGCCUAUUGUAAGCUAAAGUAUGUAAAUGUUCUUUAAGUCACCAAAUGGUUCAGUCUUCUAGUAAAACUAUCUGACCACUGGGUCUUGUGAGCUUUUAAAUAGAUAUUUGUUUACUGCCAAUAAAGUAUUCUAGAUGCUUAAUACCAAAUGUAGUAAAAUAGAAGUUCAGGUGUUUCAGAAACUUUUUAAGAAUGUGGUUUAGAGUCCAACAAAAAUGAACAGAAUUCGAAGUCAUAUAAAGUGAGUUAAGUUGGUACUGAUGCUUGAGCAAAACUACUGUGGAAAAAAAGUAAACCACCCACCCUACGUACUUCCUUGCCCUUGUUCUGGCUCUCCUUUUGAAUUAGAGCAUUGUGGGUUUACCUUGCAAAGCCAAUGCUUUGGGGCCUGGCAGGUAAGAGGGGUGGGGAAGGAAUGUGGAGUUUACUGGGCACUCUCUGGGCAGCUUCAGUUUCUUUACAUACUUUUCAGGAAAAUAAUUGGCCAUGUUGGUUUCAGUGGGAUGCAAAGUGCUGAAACGUAGAAGGAGGGAAUAUUUGUUUUGAAUUUUAUUGGGGUUUUGCAGUAAACCAAAUUCCUCUCUUUCUGAAUCAGAGGAAACUUGUGCAAACCCCUAAGAAAGAAUUUGCCUUUUUCAUGUGCACUUAAAAAACACUCCACUUGCCUUGUUUUGGAAGUAAAAGCUGUUGAAGGUAAGAGCUAACUUUGUACAUUCCUGGUUAUGCUCCUGAUUUCAUACCGAUUUAAUUAAAAAUUGGAUCUUAAUAGGGACAGGGAAAAGAGUUAAUGAGUGUGAAGGUGAUCGUGUCCCUUCACCUGGUGAUCCUUUGUGUUUGCCUAUCAGAGGAUUUACUUAUCUCUUUUAGAAAUGUAGGGUUCCCGUAAGUUUUUAGUUCAAAGGGAUGUGAUUGUAAGGAAAUGCUGAUACUGCUUUUCGGUUGAAAUUAAAAUUAUAUGAUUCAAUUUAUGUUUUCCUUCUCUACUAUUCAGCUCUUAUUACACUCAUGAAAACAGCAAAGCACUCAAUGUUAUGUUUCAUAAUUUAACUGUGACUGGUGAUGCCUCAGAAGUAAGACCUUCUGGU